AUGGACACGGAGCAUGACGAGGCGGUCUCCCAGCUGGGCGGCCUGGCCCUCGGGCAGCUGCUCGAGGACCUGGGCGUUGUCAAUGCAGACUCAGAUCUGAGUCGCAUUGGCCUGGGUAGUAGUAAGGUGACUUCCGCGCAAGCCCUGAAACGCGAUGAAAUCUAUCGCAAUGACUUUGAUGACGAAGCAGAGGACGAAGUCAGAGAUGAGGCAAUGGAGGAUGAGGAAGAAAAAGCCGAGCCUUCAGAACCCGUAAGUUCAUCCAUCCGACCUCUGCGCCACGGCACGUUUAAGGUCCGUGGCGAGGAUGAUGACUUUGCCGACGAAGAAGAGAGAGAGCCCGCGCCAGCGAAAGAACCACAGCAAGAGACCAUCACGGCCCCGAAAACCGAGAAGAUGGCUGAGCAGGUAUUGAGCCCUCGGUCAGAGGCUCUAAAAUUGUUUCCUGACUUCCAGCCGGGGAAGAUUUUGGACUUUACUGAAAUGUUUGGUACACGAUCGCUUAAGCGCCGAAAGUUGGUCGGCAAGCUUCCAAAGAAUGCAAAACCUGUACACGAUAUUGAUGCCCCCAUAACAGAAGAGCAGACGCUGUUGUCGACGCAGCAUGUCGAACCAAAAACAAAAUUGUCGGCAGUUGCCUCUUUCGCACGACCCUAUAUGGGUGGCAAGCAGCAUUCGAUGGCCCAUAUCGAAUGCAAAGUGCUGUAUGAUGAUGAUGUGGAAGACCGUGAACCCCAUCGUAUUACGGAAAAUAUUAACAAUGUUGAAGUGGAUGACUGGGAACAGCGUGUGGUUUUACCGCAGGCACCUACGGACGAGCAAAGUGUCGUUCCCUUUACGCCGAGACCUACGCUACAAGAUAUUAGCCGCCCGCGCAACACCGAGCUGUCUAAAGGUGUCUGGUUUGAAAAUAUUAUCUGGAACCCGCACAGCAACUUUCGACCAUUUGAUCGUCUGAUCAUGGACAUGAAUGAUGCGGACAUGAUCCUUGAAAGUGAAAAGACACAAUCCGAAAAGCAGGUAUCGCUGCUACGUGCGGACGCACCGCCCAAUCUUCUCAAGUCAAGCAAGUACGUGGGCGAGCUGGAUCCGUUCAACCUGUCAAACGAUCGCAUGUACGAAUUGAGCAAGGAACACAGGCACCGCGUGCGGCAAACGCUGGGACAGUUAGUGGUACGUCAUGCUUGGCCUGCAAUCAAGUUGCAGCUGCCCUUCUACAAGACGCGGCUUUCGAAGCACGAGACUCGCUCGUGGCACCGGCCGCGGAUCCAGUUUCCUUCCAACAUGCCCAUCACGUUUUCGAGAGUACGUUCAUCGCGCAAGUCCAAAGAUGGUGAGCGCAAGUCCAAGGAUCCCAGUGAAGUGCUGCAUAGCACACGCGACCUGACUCUCAAGGAUGCCAGUAAUUUUAUCCUGUGUGAAUACUCGGAAGAGUAUCCACCGCUGCUUUCGAACAUUGGCAUGGGCAGUCUACUAGUGAAUUAUUACCGGAAAAAGGAUGCCAAGGACGAUCAUAUUCCGCGCGCGGAGUUGGGUGAGGCAUUUGUGUUGGACACGACAGAUGAGUCACCGUUCAUGAAGUUCGGAAGUGUUGAGCCUGGGCAAACGCAGCCAGUGUUGUACAACAACAUGACGCGUGGCCCCCUCUUCCGGCACAAAUCGUCGCAGAAUGAGUUCUUGUUUAUCCGGAGUACAACAAAGAAAGAUGUAAAGUACUAUCUGCGGGACAUCCCGAACCUGUUUGUGGUGGGCCAGACAUACCCGACGACCCCGAUUCCUGGUCCUCACGCGCGUCUUGUAACGAACAACAUCAAGUACCGCUUACAAAUGAUCACCUAUAAGCUGGUGGAAAAGAGUCAUGCGCACCGCAUCAAGAUCCACCGCGUGAUGAAGUACUUUCCUGAUCAGAAUGAAUUACAAAUGCGGCAGCGUUUGAAAGAGUUUAUGGUGUAUAACCGCAAAUCGGGUGAUGUGCACCAAGGCUUUUGGCGUCUCAAACCGGAUGUACCAAUCCCUGACGAGGCAGAGCUGCAAAAGCUGCUCACGCCCGAGCACAUUUGUCUGGUGGAAGGCAUGCAGGUGGGGCAGCGGCAUUUGCUGGAUGCUGGCUUCACCAAGACAGCCGAAGGUGCGGAAGAUGAUGGUGACGAAAGCAAGCUGGAGAUUGAGCAGCUUUUGGCACCAUGGAUCACUAGCAAAAACUUUUUGCAUGCAACGCAGGGCAAGGCCAUGCUCAAACUACAUGGUGAAGGAGACCCCAGUGGACGAGGUGAGGCGUUCAGCUUUGUACGUGUAUCCAUGAAAGAGAUCUUUUUGCGUGCGGGCGAGGACGUAGAUGAGCGCUUGGCGGCCGAGGCGGAGGCACGCGCCAAGUCGGGUCACCGCUACAAUGUGGCGGAACAGCAGGCGAUUUACCGCUCAGAGAUUGACCGGAUUUGGCGAGCACAGCUCGCCGCACUAUCGAACCCUGAGCCCCCCAAAGUCACGCCGAAGGAAGAGCAGCUGUGGCGCGAGGAGCAGCGCAAGGAGAAGCUUCAGGAGCAGAAGGCCACCAAGCCUCUACUAGUUAAGCGCCUGUUCAACGGCGUAUGGUACAAGCACAUUGUGCGUGACCCGUCUGUUAUCAAUGCCUACGUGAAGCAGCGCCAGGAGAUUGAAGAGCAGAGCAUUGUGACUGAGUCGCUGGUUCCCACAGGCGAUGCAGCUCUAGAUGCGCUACGCAAGAAGCGCCUCGAGGAGGAAAUUGCUGCGCGUGUUAAGAACCAGGACCGUCGUUUGCAGCGCAAGAAUGCCAAGGCAGCCGCCGAGGGGCUGUCUGGCGACUACAAAAAGCUACCGAACAAGACCAACACCAAGCGGCGCUGUGGACGCUGCGGUAUGGUGGGUCACAUGUCGACGAACAAUGCGUGUCCCCAGUACCAGAAUAACGACCCGACGGGCCGGGGUGGGGCGGGAGCUGGCAAUUCGGUACGCCCACCAAGCGUUAUGCCGAUGCCGAACAGCACCUACUAUACCAAUGCGUCAAACCAGCAGUCGUCAGGGAGUGCUAGUGGGUCGAUGCUGUUCCCACCAUAUGGCCUACCUGGAUCCAUGGGACCCCAGUCCCCUAUAUAA